AUGGAGUCCCAGGGAAACAGUUCCAACGAAAACGAGCGUCCUCUCGACUUUGUUUCCGCAGCCAGCGUUAUAUCUACCAUCUACAAUACGGGGACAUAUCUCAACUUCGAGGAUGUAGACGGCAACCCAAAGGAGAGAGAGCUGUCCCUCCUGGGCAAAGGGUCGGUGUUCGUUGCAUACAAGCGAGAAAUCCAGCAAAGGGUUCCCUCGCACACGCAGAUCGGCCACUACGACACGAAGCGCACCUCGGUCGUUUUCAAGCGGCCCAAAGCACUGUUUGAAGCCUCGGGGCUGUCCCAGCUGCCCGAAGAAGUCCGGGGCUUUCUCAUGGAGACCCGGAUCCUCUCCCACCGGCAGCUCUACUGGCACCCGAAUAUCAUCACGCUGAUGGGGAUCUCGUGGUACCUUGAUCUCCUCAGCAGAAGACCUGCAGUGCAGCCACAGCUGGUGCUAGAGGUCGCAGAACAGUCCCUGGAUGAGUUCUUGCAGACCUCCGCCGACAUUCCCUUCCAGACCAGAGUGCGCAUAUCGUUGAACAUCACGAAUGGUCUUUCGGCUGUCCACGCGUGUGGUAUCAUCCACGGAGACAUCAAGCCAGCUAAUGUUCUUCUGUGCAAAUCCUCUACUGGGCCAACCACUACCUUCAUAGCGAAGCUCGCUGACUUUAGCCACUCUUGGGUAGCGGAUGGAGUACCCCGUAGGCGCCUGGUCGGAUCGCCGAAAUAUAGGGCCCCUGAGAUUGUCCGCAGAGAUUUGAUAACCGACUUUCGGCCAGCCGACGUGUUCUCGCUGGGUGCCACGCUCUGGCGAGUUCUGGUAUGCGAUACGGAUAUUCCAGUACCAUUUCCACAGAGCCACGCCCAGGAGGAAGUGGCUGACGAUCCUUACCUAUCGUCGAUUCUGGACAGGCUUCGGCAGUAUCUAGAGAGCGAUGCCAACGAAAACAGGUGGCCUCUUUUGCAUCGCAUAUUCCGUGCGUCUCUUUGCAUGGACCCCGAGUCUCGCCGACUGGAGGGCAUUCAGCAGGAGAUCCUCUGUUAUUUGCGGACAGGGCCAAACGCUUUAGACAGUGAGGAGUUGGCCGUUAUCAUGGGUGCGAUAGACGCGAUACAGCCAAGUAUGCUGGAAGAGCUUCCCCCAGACGUGGUUUUCAUUAACUACCAACUUUUCCAACGCGCGCGGGGACCUGUUCAGGAUCAACUGCUCGGGGCGCUCCAGGCCAUCUGUCAGGACCCUGCAGAUACCAGGCGGCCACGAGCGCUGUACGAGCUCGGGAUAUGCAAUCUGGCAAGCUUGGGCGAUCCGGCCGGGUCAGACCAGGAGGCAGCUCUUCGCCUUAUCUUCCAAGCUGCUGAGCUCGGGGAAAUCGGUGCCCGAGGCUACAUGAAUCGCCUCCUGGAUGCAUUCGCAAGCGGAGUCGACGGGAAAAGGAUUCUAUUACCGGAGCUCCGAGCACCUGCAGAAUGGCUCAUGGAUGCCUCUGUGGCAGGGCAUGAAGUUGCCUUUGAGGAGCUUACUGUUGGAGGAACUCACCGCGAGAACAAACAGCAGAUCCUUCGUCUUCGUGCAUCAAAACGCUUUCUUUCCGUGCUGGCAGUUGACAAUCUGCCCUGCUUUCAGAAACUUAUCGACGAAACCCCCGAGGCGCAGUUGGCAGCAGGAAUGAUAGCCAGCCAGGCCGGGGAUACGAUCUUGCAUUGGGCCUCGUACCUCAAUUUGGAGCAGCACCUAGGCGAUCUCCUCACACACAGGAAUAAGUACAAGGUCGAUAUAAACGCCCAGAAUGACUCUGGGGACACCCCAUUGAUUACUGCCUGCAGUGUCGGUAACCUGGAGGCUGCAUUGUGCCUUGUCCAAGCUGGGGCAAAUGUGAAUCUCACCAACACGCGCAACGAGACCUGCCUGCACCAUCUCUGGCGGUUCGUCGAUGAUGAAGGGUCGACGCUGCUGCACGCACUGUUGGCACGAGGAAUAGACUGCGAGGUCGAAGCGGACCCUCACCUUGCCACAGCUGCAUUAACAGCAGAACUCGAUCCCCUCCCGGUGCUUCCUGGGAAGGCAAUCCAGCGCCUGGCCGGACGCGGCCGCACUGCCCUUCUCCUGGAGUUUCUCACGGCUGCACCACCUACUGAUGCUUACCACGGCAAUAUGGUACGGCAGAUGAUCCGAUGGGCGUCGACACUCACAUUCCCCGACACAAGAAAGGCACUGGUUGUUUAUGCGAGGGGGCUUGAUAGGGCAACCCGACGAAUGUACCUAGAUACCGAGGCGGACUUUGUGCCCAUUGAGGACACAGCAUUUGAGCUAGAGGGCACUAGAAGAGGGUAUAUGGACGCAAUCGCACAGGGGUGGCUUUCGAUUCGAGGGGACAGCUGGAAGACCCCUGAUAUCUGGUGGAGGAUCUGCUGCCACGGGCCACACUGGUGGGAACGGCUGCAGCUUACCAUGGAUGCCAUCACCUGGGGAUCUUCCAAGGCCCUCUGCUGUUACCAGAGCACUUUACUCCUCUCUUUGCAGAACCACAGUUUGACCUUUUUCCGCCUGAUGCUUCAGCGGCUCACGGAUAUCCAGACAGAGCGCUGUGUCCGCAACAGACACCAAGCGACUUGCACCUGCGAUCGCAAUCAAUCCACGCUCCUCGGUGACGGAAGAGAAAAGAAUCUUAAACGGAUGGUGAGGCCAGUUGAUCAAAUCCUGUCCAGCGACGGCUUGACUCUGUUGCACCUGGCCAUCACGAUGGGUCUUAGGCAGGCCUUUCUGGUUCUGCUCCACGAAUUCAGGGCGGAUGUUAAGCAGCUCGCGCAAUGCCAGUCCUCAGAAGACUAUCCUCUUCAUUUCAUCAACUUCUACGCCCUGCUCGCAAUGUCCUGCAAAGAUGGCUGGUUUGUAAAUGAGCUGCUCAACGCCGGCUUGCACCCUGGCUAUUCUGGAAACAUGAAACGCUUGUUUAACUGGAGGGCCUGCAUCCCGUACAGUGGCUGGGAGAGCUCGUAUUACUUAUACAUACCUCCGCUGCCGUACGCCUUUGAUUAUGGAUGCCACUUUCUGGUGCGCUUUCUCCUCGACCACGGAGCCAGCAUCCAGGAGCCAAUUACCCCGUAUUCGAGUGUAUUCGACUAUAUCCUGUCUCCUGCGAUCAUUAGCAAAGGCACAAUGCAGUUUCUAUUCUCCAACAAGGGGUAUUAUCUGGCCGAGGACAGUGUAUGGAAGCCAAUUAAUUCAUCCUUGCUCCCGGAGCGUCUCUUCAAUGAAGGCAACGGCGUAGGUGUAUUCCACCUCUUUUUCCGCCAGCAACAGCUCAGAAUCGAGGAGCUGCCUUCAGUGCUUCGCCAGCUUACCACAGUUCAUCUUUCCCAAAAGCCUCUUGACGUGUAUAGCAAGUGCUUUUUAGCGUUAUGCGCGCAUUUUGCAAGGUGCCCAGUGAUUCUGCCUUUCAGCAUUCUAUUCCUCCCUAUGAUGUCUAUCGAUUUAUUAAAGCCCAGAAAUUUGUGGCCACGGAGGCCAGCAAAGGCCACAGAACGGAGACUGCUAGGAAGGCAUGUCCGCUCCGCUACUGAAUCUCAGCAGGAAGAGGUCUUUUUCAACCAAAUCUGGCACGAGCUGUUACGCAUGUUUCCAAACGCCCAAGCAACACCUCGCUGGGUUCGUAUAGGGUGCGGCUUCCACUUCUCUCGCUCCCUCCUUGCUAUGGCUCUCAUCAACAACAAAGAUAUCGACCGCAUGGGGCCUUGGCCUCUGGCCACUACCGCCAUCUGCCAUAAUACCUCCUGGCUAGACGAGGCAGAAAAGAAAUGGCUACAGCCCGAUUCAAUAGCCAUGAAGACGACCGAGCUCUAUGCAGAAUCUAUUACAUACCACCAGCCCUCCCUCGUGAACUUCUUUCUAUGGGACGAGUACGACUUCCUCCCGGGCAACAGCAUGAUAGCCAAAACGCUCUACGCUAAGGGCCACCGACACUCGCUUCUACACUUCCACGACAUUCGCCUUGCAGUAACGCUUCUUUUCCUUACAGUCCCCAUCACCGUGUUCAUCUUAAGCCGCGGCGGAUUCUUCUCCACCACAGUAUGCGGUAUAGUCCUUCUCUACCCUUCACUCAUUAUGUCCUGCUUCGACAAACCGUACAUCCCAUUUCUUGCCCUGAAUAUCGCUAUUAUGGUAGCAUGGCUGUUCGUUGGGAAGUACGGGGUUUUCACAGUCCUCCUGGGCCUUAUGCAGGUAUGCCUGACCCUUGGUGGCGUUGUAUCUGUCCCCGUGUUCCUUGUACAUUUGGGCAGGAAAGGCCACUUUCGCUCCAAGGAAAGGUACCUUUGUAAUGCCCUACUGCCGGGAUUCAGAUACACUGCGUACUCCCCGCUGAGUCUCCUUGGUCGUAUGCCCCGUGGCCGGUCGGAUCAACUUGAAGGUAGAGUCUAG